AAAUUAAAAAGUGAAUAUAAUUGCAUGGUUCUGUGUAAAGUGAAUGCAUUCUGGAUCCUCUGAUUUUGGAAAAAGCGAAGAGGUAUGUGUUGUCAAAUCCUAGUAAAUUAUUUAGCCUGGGAAGGUAAUAUGAAGAAAUACAAACUUCUGUCUUGUAACCUUUAUUGCCAGGUAUGUGGUGGAUGGUUUCCUUGUUGGGCUUUGUGCAUACGGUCUUACUUGACAAGAUUACCCAGCAGCUGCCGUCCUUAGAACCUGCUGGCUGAAGUGUUCAGCCCAGCCCUCAGCCUGGGAUCCUCCGUGGUUUAAACAAGGCUGUCGCUGGAACUGGCUUCUGCUCGGUUUGGGCCAGAUCCACGCCUCCCGUGCUCACCGUAGCCUUUUUUUAUUACACCUGUGGGCUUUGGAUCAGACCCUGCACCACAUCCUGGCUAGGUCAAUCUCUGCAUGUUGCCUUGUGAACUGUUGGGAUUCCUGUUACAGUGUGCAGCAUCGGCGUGGCUUGGAGAAACAGCGGACAUCAGGUCAAAAUGAACUGGGUAGAAUUUGCUUUCUUUGUCCCUUCUCUUGUCCUCUUCCUGCUACUUCUUCAUCUUUUUUUGUGGGCUAAUUCACACUUGUUGUUUUAUGUGACAAUAUACCAAUUUAAUUCUUUUCCCUCUGAAGGAAAACAGUAGGAAGUCAGAGUAUUCUGAAUGCUCACUCAAAUGGAGAGCAGUUCCUCACUUGUGAUGUUUCUCCUACUGAUGUGCUCCAUCAACAGCAGCUGCCCAUUUUCAUAUUCAGUGUUUAUGAGAAAAGACAAAGCACACGAGGUCCUGAAAGUCCAUAAACGUGCUAACUAUUUUCUAGAAGAGAUUCGCCCAGGGAACUUGGAGAGAGAAUGCAAUGAGGAAAAGUGUUCAUUUGAGGAGGCUAAGGAGAUCUUCCAUUCGCAGGAGAAAACGAUGGAGUUUUGGUUCAAUUACAAAAGUAGAUUUAAAUCCAUGUAGUACAAAUCCCUGUAACAAUGGCGGAGUCUGCAAAAUAAGACACUACAAUUACUUUUGCAUCUGCCCCCCAAAAUUUGGAGGAGACAACUGUGAAAAAGAGAAGCUUGAAUGCUGGUAUAAGAACGGUGGGUGCUGGCACUACUGCAGGGACAGCAGCAGCACCUUUCACGUGGUGUGUUCCUGCGCAAAGGAUUACACUCUGCACCAGGACGGGAAGAGAUGUGUGCCCGCAGCACCGUUUCCAUGUGGCCUGACUAAAGCCAGGCAGGCUCUGGAGCAGAAAACGCUCCCGAGGGGACAGCAUGAGCACAGGGAUGACUUGGCCAGGCGAAAUGAGAGCACGGAGAGACCAGUGAGGCAAAUGGAGCUGGAACUAAGUGCUACUGGGGGAAAUGAGACCUUAAAGGGUGCCUUUGGGCAGAGCCCACACAGGGAGGCUGGCGCUGGGCGAGUGGAUGUGGCGGGUGGUGCCUCCAGCUGGGACAGGACACUGGCGGCCUCUCUGCCCCAGGAGCUGCUGGGGGAUGGUGCUGCUGGGCAGGAGGCAGGUGGUGGCCCCCAGCACAAGGCAGGGCAGGGGACCACUGGGCCAGGCCAGCCCGGGAGCCACCCAGCUCCAUGGAGCGAGCCGAGGCAGAGCCCUGUGUGGCAGCACGAGAGCACGGCGCCUGCUGCCAGGGAGGAGGACACGGUGGAAAAUGCUGCUGGGCAGAACCAAAGCGAGGAGAACACUGGGCAGAACCAACCAGGUGCCAGUCAGACCCUGCACGAUGGGCGUAAUGGCAGCAGCGCCUGGGGAAAUGCUUCAGACACGCCUCAGCAGGUCCCACUAAAGGUCAGCUCCACUUUAGAGCACAGUGACUCCAGGAUCACUGGAGGAACUCUCUGUCACCGUGGACAUUGCCCCUGGCAGGUUUUGAUCCGGAACAGUAAUGAUGUUGGCUUUUGUGGAGGGAGUUUAAUCAGCAGUCGCUGGGUGGUCACCGCUGCCCACUGCCUCGACCUCGUCCGGCCACACCACGUGACCGUCGGAGACUUUGACAAAUACCAGAGAGAAUUCAAAGAACAGAAGAUCGGUGUGGAACGAACCUGGACACAUCCCCAUUAUGACUCAAAUAUCUACAACAGUGACAUCGCCCUGCUGUACCUGAGCAGCGCUGUUGUUUUUAACGAGUACGCCGCUCCCGUCUGCCUGCCCAGCCCCAGCCUGGCAGCCCUGCUCUCUGCCGAGGGGCGGGCGGGCAUGGUGAGCGGCUGGGGAGCCACGCACCCCCGGGGCUCCACACUGCGCUUCCUCAUGAAAGUCCAGGUGCCCAUCGUGAGCGCGGAGACCUGCCAGCGCUCCACAGCCAGGCUCCUCACCGACAACAUGUUCUGUGCGGGCUACGGCACCGAGGCUGCCGACGCCUGCAAAGGGGACAGCGGGGGCCCCUUCACAGUGUCCUACCACAACACUUGGUUUCUCCUGGGGAUUGUGAGCUGGGGCGAGGGCUGCGCUGAGAAAGGGAAAUACGGCGUAUAUACGAGAGUAGCCAACUACAUCCCCUGGAUUAAAGAAAUCGUUGAAAACGUAACAGAUUCAGAAGAGUUCUCCAUUAGCUUCUCUUAACUUCCUUAAAGGCAGGGACAAUUCUAUUAUUAGUGUUUCAGUCUAAGACACUGCAGUUCCUGUCCUUAAUGAUGUAAAAUCAAUCUUCAAAGAAAUUCUAAGUAUCCGUUUACCAUAAAUAGUAAAAUUGUUCAUGCAAGUAUUACCAAGUAAAAGAAUUGUGAAUAAUAAAGAACUACUCUGCAAAUAACAAAGGAGACAACUCCAACUUUUCUUAAUGUAAAUUGUCAGAAAGGGUUUUUGGUGUGGAGGAAGAAUCAGCUUUCCAUUUCUCAAGCCUACAUGCAUAUCAUCAGAACAGGCAUUAAUCUGCAGUGUGAAUGAUCUUAGUGGUGUCUGGCCUCUAGUUGAGACAUGGUGCUGAACACAGCAGUAUGGACUGGUGAAGUUUUGUCACCAAGUACAACUGUUGCCUCAAUUACCAUUCUGUUCACUAAAAUGCAAAUGUUUUCUCAUACAAAACCACCAUCUGUAUGGAAUCGUG